AUGAAGUUCAUCAUACUUCUCAUAUUUGCUCUUGCGGGCAUAGUCGAAGCGAAGUAUUGGCUGGAAGAGAUCGAUCAUCUUGGCACUUCUCCUUAUUACCCCGACAAAUUGUACAAGGUCUUUCGCAACGUGAAGGACUUUGGUGCUGUUGGGGAUGGAGUUGCCGACGAUACGGCAGCAAUCAAUGCUGCUAUUAGCGAAGGUGUUCGAUGUAUUCCUGGCGUUUGUAAAGGAAGCACAAUUUCCCCAGCGACUGUCUACAUUCCUUCUGGAACAUAUCUUAUUAGCAGCUCACUCAUUGAUUUGUACUACACUCAAAUCAUCGGAGAUCCUACUAAACCGCCUAUCAUCAAAGCCUCCGGCUCUUUCUCCAAGGAGAGCUUUAGCCUUAUCGAUGCGAACCCAUAUUUGUCCACUGGCACCUUGGCAUGGAAUUCAACGAAUGUUUUCUUCCGCCAAAUCCGUAACUUAGUUCUGGACACAACUGCUCUUGCUCCUGACUUUCCUGCCGUGGGCAUCCACUGGCCGUCCUCCCAAGCUACUUCCAUUACCAAUUGCGUGUUCAGAUUGUCAACUAUUCCCGGUAACCGGCAUACAGGUUUAUUGAUUGAAGAAGGCUCAGGAGGUCUCCUUAAUGAUCUUUACUUCUAUGGUGGUGGAAAUGCCACCGUCUUGGGUAAUCAACAGUUCACGGCACGCAAUCUCUGGUUCUCCAAUGCCGAUGUUGCCAUUUGGAUGACCUGGGACUGGGGAUGGACUUUCAAGAGUGCCGUCUUCAAAAACUGCCGAGUUGGUAUAAAGAUGGAUGAUUCAUCCAACAGCGUUGGAUCUAUCACAAUUCUUGACAGCUGGUUCGAGAGCAUGGAUAUCGCUAUUGCAACAACACGCAACAGUUCACAAGCCUUGAGCGGCGUGUCGUCUCUGGCCAUGGAGAAUGUCAAGUUCCAGAACGUGAAUAACAUUCUGAUAGGGCCUGAGGGAGUUGAUCUCGCAAGAUCUAAUCUAGAUCCUUCAGGCAGUGGCGUUUUUGGGCAUUAUGCCAAUUUGGACGGCACAUUUGCUGCAACUGCGAGCUACCCUGUUCCUUUCCCCCGGAGUGAAAGUCUCCUUGAUCGCAAUAUUUAUUACGAACGAUCGAAGCCUCAUUACGAAAAACUUUCAAGUAACUCCUUCAUAUCUGCAAAGGCUAACGGGGCCUAUGGAGAUGCAUCCCAUGAUGAUACUCAAGCGCUCAACGCAUUGUUCCAAUACACGGCAGCGAAUGGUCUCAUCGCUUAUCUUGAUGCUGGAUACUACAUGGUCUCCGACACUGUUUAUAUCCCUCCAAACGCCAAGAUUGUGGGCGAGGCUCUAGCGUCGAUAAUCAUGGGCACAGGGCCUAACUUCGGAGAUCUGAACAAACCUCGACCAGUCGUUCAAGUCGGCCAUCCUGGAGAAAGUGGUCAGAUCGAAUGGUCCGACACGAUCGUCUCAACGCGUGGGGGAACAGCAGGCGCCAUCCUCAUACAGUACAAUCUAUACAGCCCUGGAGUCCCAUCCGGCAUGUGGGAUGUGCAUACUCGGAUCGGAGGUUUUGCAGGAACGUAUCUUCAAGUUCCCGAAUGUCCUGCAAUUAAAGGGACUAACACCAUCAACCCUAGAUGCCUGGCAGCAUACAUGAGUUUUCACAUAACAGCUUAUGCAGGAGGGUUAUUCACGGAAAACUGCUGGUUCUGGGUCGCAGAUCACGACCUUGAGAACCAAAAGUACCAGCGAGUUUCUGUCUUCGCCGGACGGGGGGUACUAGUAGAAGCUCAGAGAGGCCGCAUCUGGCUCAGCGCAUCUGGUUCAGAACAUCACGUUUUAUACCAGUAUCAGCUUGCUAACACCAGAGACAUAUACAUUGGCCAAGCGCAAACAGAGCAAGCCUACUUUCAGCCUAUGCCAUUGGCCCAAUAUCCAUUUCCGCCUGUACUCGCUCUGAACGAUCCAAACUUCCAGAUGGACUGUCAGAGUGAUCCUAACCCAGCAGGAUGCAACGUGGGCUGGGGAAUGCGAGUAAUCAACUCGAGCAAUAUUGCUGCUUACGGGCUAGGACUAUAUUCCUUCUUCAACAACUACAACGAUUCAUGCGCUAGCAACAAGUCCCCAGAAUACUGCCAAGAGAGAAUCCUGAGUAUCCAGGGCCCCAGUAGUGGUUUGAGAUUCCUAGGUUUGAGCACAGUUGGAACCAGAGUUAUGGUGGAGCGUGAUGGUGUGGACCUCACAACGGCGAUUGAGAACAACAGUACAUUUGCAGACACUCUGGCCUUAUAUAUAUUAUGA